AUGUCUGCACCCACCUUCGAGAUCACCACCGCCUCGCCCGCGCACUCGUCGCACUCGACCGCGUCCACCGAGUCCAUCCAGCCCAUGCACCAGCAGCAACCCAACCAAAACCAGCAGCAGCCGCUCGGCGCAAAGAGCUUCCUCAUGAAGAAGAUGGCACAGGCUGGCGGCGCCUUCCACUCCCCCACGGACGCCAUGGUCUCGCCCUGCACCAAGAAGCUCGCGCAGAGCAAGCAGCGGCACUUUACCAAGGGCAAGCCUCUCUCGCUCUCGUCGUCCUUCCAAGCCCAGCAGCAGCAGCAACAACAGUCCGGCAACGGCGCGGCGCAGAAGAAGCCCUCGGGACUCGGACAGUCGUCGACCCUCGGGUCGGAGAACGAGAUGCCCUUCUAG